CAGGCGGACUUGAGUUUCCUGGAGUGAAUUAGAACUCUCCUAGAUCUAUUACUGGUUAACUGUCUCCCAGGGAGGCGUGCAUAGGCUACCAGCACAUAGGCUACACACUCCCGGUCUCGGAAGUUUAAUUAUUUUAACGACAUCUGUACUAUACAGCCAUCAGCUGCCUCUGCGAGACGGGAAGAACCACAGAGUUAGAAAUAGCAUACUGCUGUCUGACGUACUUCUCUCCUCCCGUCCACUCCUCUCUCUCACUCUCUUUCUCUUUCGCUCACUCAAGCGCACACACCAUCCUCCAUCGCACACUCACAGAAGAAAGUUUGACUGCGUGUGGCUUGUGGUCAAGGAUAGAGCGUUUAUAACGGAAUCCUCUAAUCGAAGUCAGAGAGGAACGGGUACUCUCAAACCUUUUAACGGAUACCGGACAUCCAGCCAGUCAAGCAGUUUCUUGGCCCCGCGGCGGGUCUCUGUCUCGCAAGGAAGGGCGUUAUUACCGGGGAAACUUUGGAUGAUUUUCAACAAUCGCUCCUUCCAGAGAGGAUGUUAUCGUUAACGCCGUUAACGGCUGACCCGGAAAGUCCGCAUUCCGCCUCGUGACUUUGGGAUUACUGCUUUGGAACCUGCAAUGAUUCUGUUGAACAUUCUCAGCGUACUGUUUCUGCUGGGGUGUGUUUGUGUGGUAUGUGUGUGUGGGCAUGGAUGGAGGGAGUCCCUGGAGUGCGUGCGGGCAUUAGAGCUGUGUAACGGGGACAGCCAGUGCAGCUCCAGCUACAGGAUCAUGCGUCAGUGCCUGUCAGGUGGGGCGCAAGAUCGCCAGACCAUGCUGGCUAGCAGGGAGUGCAAGGGGGCCAUAGAGGUCCUACAGGAUUCGUCACUCUACAACUGUCGCUGUAAGAGAGGCAUGAAGAAGGAACUACAGUGUCUGCAGAACUACUGGAGUAUACACCAGGGCCUGACAGAGACCGGGGAGGACUUCUAUGAGCUGUCGCCCUAUGAGCUCCACGAAUUCUCAGAAGACUUUAGACAUGCCUCCAUCAUCUCAGACUCCUCUCUGUUUAAGGCCAACCCCUGCUCAGAGCCAGGGAAACCGUGUAACCCAUGUCUUAACGCAGCCAAGGCCUGUAACCUCAACGAAACCUGCAAGAGACAACGCUCCAAUUACAUCGCUAUCUGCAACAAGCCUCCUCAGCCCUCACAGGCCAACCAGGAGCCUUGCAGCCGCAAACGAUGUCACAAGGCGCUGCGUCAGUUUUUUGAGCGUGUGUCGUGGGAGCUGAGUUACCCCCUUUUGUUCUGCCCAUGUCCUGACCAGGCCUGUGCAGAGAGACGUAGACAGACCAUCGUACCUGCCUGCUCCCACCAGGAGAAACACAGACCCUCCUGUCUAGAGCUACGGCGCACCUGCCGCUCCGACACACUCUGCAGGUCAAGACUGGCUGAUUUCCAUACCACCUGUCAGAUGACUGGUCACUCCAUCAACAGCUGUCCCAAUGCUAACUACCACGGCUGCCUAAUGGCCUACGUAGGCCUCAUUGGGUCUGAUGUGACUCCUAACUACAUGGACAGCAGUCCCAGUAACAGCACCAUCUCUCCCUGGUGCUCCUGCAGAGGGACUGGCAACCAGGAACAGGAGUGUGACGACUUCCUCAGAGACUUCACACACAACACCUGCCUCAAGAAUUCCAUCCAGGCGUUUGCCUAUGGAUCAGAGGGGAGUGUUCUUCCCGUCACAGAGUCUUUGGCCACGCCCUUUCCUCCCAUACAGCCGCCACUCAACUCUAAUCCCGCCCCCUCUCCCCAAGCCAAUGACAUCAAGCCUCUGGAUAGCGCUUGUGUUUUCUCAACCUGUGCCAACCUUAAGGAUGGAGGACAAAAGUGCAUUCCUUCCAAUGAAUUUGAGUGUGAAGAGGCGUUAUUGGCCCAGGGUUCUGUGGACUCUGAGGGAGAGGAGGGUAGAGCCCAGCGCUCUGCAGCAGCCUCUGGACCCCUGGGUGUGAGAGGGUGUGUGAGUGUGUGUGUGACCAUGCUGGGGCUUCUGCUCCAGGCUCUGUAGCACACAUACUCACCUGACCCCUGACCUCUAAACCCCGUCCUCGGGGUCAGACAGGAAGCUAGAACGCCACCCACAGGAACUUCUGUGACAUCACAUCCUCCACUACCAUGUCAAGGGCAACCAAAACAACAACAACAACAUCAACAGAAGAAGAACUGAGAGAAGAGGAGAGCAGAGGAUAAGAGAGGAGCAAAGGAAUGGAGAGAAGAAGUGAGGAGAUGAAGAGGAUAAGAGAGGAGGGGUGUGAGAAGAGACUGGCACUGAUCCUACAGCACAGAGAGAGAGACAAAGAGAACAUUAGAGAGAACAUGAGACAGACGCUGGAUCGACUGAAGGAUGUUUUGAUGGAUCACCAGAGAGACUUGAGCCUCUGAUUCUGUCCUAUUCUCCUACCCUAAACACUGAGGACGGAGUUUACGUUACCAUACUUUGUCUUGAUGCGUUUCUGAGUGCAUAGACACUUUGGCUAAGCUGGCAGUUCUGUUGUCUAACUGGUAGAGCGUACAAUGAGCUUGUGAAGUGUGCUGCCAGCAGACGCACUUGUUAAAAUAAUCUAAUGGGAGACUGCACCUCCAGAAAUUCAUGCUCAUACGCAUUUAAAAAAAGACUGUAAACCUCAAGUGCGGAGAAUGGGACAGAGGAACAAUCAAGGAGAGGACUAAUGUGCUAGAGCCAUUGACUAUAUACUUUGAUUGAAUGGACUAUACUGACAUUGGACCGGACUGUACUAACGCUAUUGUGAUUGGAGCAGAAAGUCCAGAGAGGCGGGACUGUUCCUCUGUCUCUCACCUCAGUAACACACACACACAUACACACAUACACGCACACACAUACAC